GCGUGGCAGAUCAGUCGUUGGCUGGACAGUCCACAAUGACUUUCUCCCUCUUCUUCGUCUUCCUCUUUGCCCUCUGUUCUGCUUCUCAUGCCUUCCCACCCCACAACCACCAUCGUCGUUCUGCCUCUCACAAUUACACAGACGCCCUCUCCAAAUCCGUCCUCUUUUUCGAAGGUCAGAGGUCCGGUAAGCUCCCUCCCGCCCAGAGGAUGACAUGGAGAGGGGACUCUGCUCUCUCAGACGGCUCUGCAAUGCAUGUUGAUUUGGUGGGAGGGUACUACGAUGCAGGGGACAAUGUCAAGUUCGGUUUUCCCAUGGCAUUCACAACCACCAUGCUUUCCUGGAGUGUUAUUGAGUUUGGUGGGCUCAUGAAAGGGGAAUUGCAGAAUGCUAGAGAAGCGAUUCGUUGGGCUACCGAUUACCUCCUUAAGGCUACUGAACAUCCAGACAUCGUUUUUGUUCAGGUGGGAGAUGCGAGGAGUGAUCACGCUUGUUGGGAGAGGCCGGAGGACAUGGAUACCCCAAGAAAUGUGUACAAGAUCGAUGAGAACAACCCUGGUUCAGAAGUGGCGGCUGAAACUGCAGCCGCUCUAGCAGCUGCUUCUCUGGUUUUCAAAAAAAGUGACCCAGCUUACUCCAAAACUCUAGUCACUAGGGCUACAAGGGUGUUUGAGUUUGCUGAUAAAUACAGGGGAUCCUACAGCGAUGGGCUGAAGCCCAUUGUAUGCCCUUUCUAUUGCUCUUACUCUGGUUAUCAGGAUGAGCUGUUAUGGGGUGCUGCUUGGCUGCACAAGGCUACUCGGAAGCCCAUGUACCUCGACUAUAUUCAAGCGAACGGGCAGUCACUUGGGGCUGCAGAGAUUGAUAACAUGUUUGGGUGGGAUAACAAGCACGUUGGGGCAAGGAUGCUUCUUUCCAAGGAGUUCCUGGUUCAGAAAGUAGAAUCGCUCCAUGACUACAAGGGUCACGCAGACAAUUUCAUAUGUUCCAUAAUUCCCGGCACCUCUUUCUCGUCGUCCCAAUAUACCCCGGGUGGGCUUUUAUUCAAGAUGAGUGACAGCAACAUGCAGUAUGUGACGUCCACUUCCUUCCUGCUCUUGACCUAUGCCAAAUACUUGACCUCUGCCCACAUGUCUGUCAACUGUGGUGGAAUCACCGUCACCCCAAAGACUCUUCGUACUAUGGCCAGGAAACAGGUUGAUUACUUGCUGGGAGAUAACCCCCUAAAGAUGUCAUACAUGGUGGGGUACGGUCCAAAUUACCCGCGAAGGAUACACCACAGGGGCUCAUCUCUACCGUCCAUUGCAGCGCACCCUGGUAAGAUCCAGUGCUCCGCAGGCUUCACUGCCAUGAAUUCACAGACCCCCAAUCCGAACGUACUGGUGGGCGCAGUGGUGGGUGGACCGGACCUGCAUGAUAGCUUUCCAGAUGAACGGUCAGAUUAUGAGCAGUCAGAACCAGCCACUUAUACUAACGCGCCGCUUGUAGGUGCCCUGGCUUAUCUGGCUCACUCAUUCGGCCAACUAUAGUGUAUCCCCAGAUUUUUAUCACCAGUAUUAUCAAUUUACCAUAGUCAUGUUUGUUUGCGUGGUGUUUCUCGGAAUUUAAGGCUCGAGGUUAAGAGGGUACAAGUAUAAUAUAUGGCACAAUCCCCGAACCGCGCAGCUCAUUUAUAGAUUGUGGGAAACGCUUACUGUGUUAAGCUCUUGUUCUUUCUUUGCAAAUCAUCUUCAAGCUCAAUCACCCGUAAAAGAUCCGCGGUUGUCCAACUUUGAACUUCAGCAUUUCCGGCGAAUCAUUUAUUGUGGCUACUGGAUAGAAUGUGGCCCGUUGUGAAUCAAUCGUUGGUAACAAAGAGAAGCGAGUGUGUGGGGAAAUGGGAAUAAGCUAAUGGUAAUAAUUACUCUAUUGUUUUGUUUUUUGGGCGGGAGAAACGACAAUUUGGCUUGAAGCGUUGAAAUGAUGAGAGAAUAUGUGGAGGGGGUGUGGUUUUUCUUUCUUUCUUUUUUUUUGUAUUGCUUUUUUUUUUUCCUUAGGCUUCGUUGGGGAAUGGUGAUGGGACUACAUGCGGUCCAAAAAGCUGCUUCGACUGUGGAAAGCCAUUGGGUUGUGUCAGGCAUGUGAGCAGUAGGA